CUUGGCAAAGGGAUCAAUCGACUUAUCGUAGCCAUCACCAACCACUUGGCAUACGAAGCCUUUUGCAAAGGGAAUUUCGCCGACGAAACAGCCUUGAUUCGCCUGAAGGCUUUUCAUACGAAUAGGAUUCGGAGACGAUUUACUUUCGAGCUGGCUCGUUUCCUGUCCGUACGAACUCGUGAUGUUUUUAAACGUCAUGGACUGCUCAUGGAUCAAUUUCCACCCCGGCCAAUAGGUUGGGAUUUCGAUAGUAGUACAAACGAAAACGAUCAUCAUGAUGGCGAUGAGGGAAAUUCGAGUGGCAACGAUGAAGGAGGAGGAACAGAGGGAACAAGAGGAGGACAAGACAGAGACCAAGACAGCAGUCGAGAAGGGAAUCAUGGCGUGGAAGAGAGCAAGAGCUUCGAGCCAGAGGACCUCCCGCACAACAAAAGACGGAGAGACAGACAAGAAGAAGAGCUGCCAAAAAGCUGCUGCCAAAAUGAUGAUGAGAAUAGUGAUGGUAGUAGUGGUGAAAGCAAGAAGAAUGAUAGAGAGAGCACUCCUAAACGAAGUCGAGUGCAGGGUGACAGUCUUAGUAGACAC